AUGUACAACAGUCUGUGGGAGCAUAAAAGUUUAUCAUGCUUCCCUUCCUUAUGGCAACCUCCCGUGGUACAAAUAGGCGAUUCUUCAGAUCAUCCCAAACCAACACAAAUGAAGCUGCUGACUCGUUUGCCAUCCAUUAGCGAAAUGCUUGCUGGUAUUAAUAAUUAUUCCACUCCUCUGCACUGGCCGAUCACCCCAAUCCAUAAAAAUUCAAACCAGCCCAGGUCUUUUGAAGGUAUCAAUUUUGCCUCUCUGCAAUUUCAAGUUCAUCAACCACAAACCCUGAUUUCUCCUAGGUCUCACCAGUACGUUCUGCUAGAUGCCAAGAGGAUUCUCACCUACGGUAAUAGCUCCAGUUUCCAUCAAGGAGAGAUUCAAGUUGCUUCGCCUCCCUAUAGUCCACAUUUUAAAGUUAACAAGAAGCGAGGAAGAAAGAAGAAGGCCAGUGCUGUUUGUAAACAAUGUCUUCUGACACAAACACCAGAGUGGAGAUGUGGACCGAACGGCUCAAGGACUCUUUGUAACGCGUGUGGCUUGUAUUACCUGAAACUCAAGAAAAAAUUUGGCUCCAAAGAGGCUGGUCAGAUAUUCGGGUACAAGAAGCGUCACAAUCAAGUGCACGUUAGGGUUGUUCCCACAAGCCAGGAAAAGCACAUGUUUUGCAAUUCUAGGUAA